ACGGCAAGGCGGUAGAGGGAUGCUAAGUUAAGUCUAUCAUAGCCUAAUGCAAACACUAUGCAAUUUACCAUUUCACAUCCUUCCUGCAGUUUCAGAAAUGUCAUUGUCUUAAUCCUCUGGGAAUGUUCCUUCAGCGCUACAGCUUUAUUCUCAGCGGAUAUGAGGGGCGUGUGCUAUUCUCAUUCAAUGAGAUAUUGCCAAAUAGACCUAAAAUGAAAAUGUAGACCUUAUUAAACAACUCGAAUAAGAGAUCUAGUCUUCCCUAGAUCGCCCUGCACCCCCGUUCAGCUUGUGAGAUGCAGCUUGAGUGAUACUGUAGAUUCGCUAUUACUGUCGUAACCAAGAUUCAGCAGUACAUAAAUUGUGCUACUGUGUGUUUCGUGUUCCUGCCUUUCUCUAGAAUAAGACACAAAAAACCAUCCCUAAAGCAGCCCUUAACAUUUUGUCAAUAGUGAUACUAACAGGCUGGUGUGCUGAGAUCAGUUCUAUAGCGUGAGGCAGAGAGGUAAAGAGAUGGGGCACAACAGGAAGAGUGAAGGGUGUCUGUUCUAGUUUCACUUCCUGCUGGAGGCUACAGUGACAGCACAAGAAAACUGGCAGAGUCAUCCCUCCCAACACCAGCUGAAGCUUUUUUAUUUUUAGGAAAGAGCAGGCAACACAGUUUGUAGAAACAGGAAAACGGGAGGUGGGGUCACGGGGGAGGUUUUUGCAAGGGGCAGUGCCAUAGGUGAAAGGUUAAUGCUGUGAGGGUGGUUUCUAAUCUCUGAACUGUGCUGGUCACACUGCCCUCAGAAAUGCUUCAUACUGUAUCAUCACGAUCAACAUCUAGCAACGUGCAGGGCACGGCAAACCCUAGCCUAGUGGUAGCUGAUGUCCCUCGCCAGGUUUUGUUACACAGCCAAAAACAAAAAACUUGUAUUUGUUUUAGAGUCUCUCCCAUCUUUAUCUAACAGCACAGACGUGCAAAGAUGUGUUUGAUCUGUCUUGCAGCAUGUAUAUCUGAUAUUUUUACCCUGCACUGUGAGAAGCUAUUCAGGUUGAAUCUCAGUUUAAAGACAAAGCACUAUCACACAAUUGUAUAAACUCACUGAUAGCAGGUACAAAUGAAGGCUCCAGAAUGUAAAGUUUGUGCCGUACAUAAUGUGUCCUUGUGCCAGUCUCUCUCUCUCUCUCUCUUUUUUUUUUUUCAUUUCUGCAAGGUAUUGCAGAUGGAAUGUAUACGUUAACGCAAGCUAAUUGCGUUGGAUUCCAACUAUGAUCCUGCCAAUAGCAUGUCAACGUUUUAAAUGCGCCACACUGUUUUAUUUUGAUAUUUGCAUUCUUGCAAUUCUUAUGCCUCAGCCACUGGGGCCUCAAUGCCUCUUCCUGACCCUGGUUUAGUCAUUCUGUUCAAGCCUGCAGACCAGGAGACUUUCAGAAACCCGAGCUGACUAUAACUGUGUCCAUUAUCUGCAAUAUAUAUAUAUAAAACUUUUAUAAUUUAAUUUUUUUAAUGCAAAACUGGUCAGACUAAGUGGAGCUGCAAAGUGUCUGGAGCUGAAAGGGGGCUGUGGAGAUUACCCAUCGGAAACCUCUGAACCCACCACAUCCCCGUUACAUGCUGUAACGCUCCCUUUCUUCCGCUCUCAGGUUAUAAGAUCACGGCUCUCGUUUGCCCCAUACAGUACACGCCCCCUUUGUCAUGCACACAGCACCAUCGACCACAGGGUUUAUGAAUCACUGACCACUGAUCCAGCCCUGACUGUUUAGCCUAAUCUGCACAAUAUGAGAUUCACAGGCCUACCAUGCAUGGAGGCAUCCUUACCCAACUGCUGUGCAAUCGCUCAGUUCAGUUGAUGGUUAGUCAUCUCCUUUUAAGGACGCGUGUACAGGACAAGGAUCCCUGUUGCAUUCCAGUUACUGAAUGGAACAGUAAAACUAAUAUAAUACAGAUAAUUCACAUUUCUAUUGCGGCUUUCAUCUCAAGGAGCUCAAAGCGCUUCACACACACACACAAACAAAAAAUUCCGAUUGGUUUUGGCAUAAAUGUUGCAGGAGUAUCUGUCUUGAUGUAAAGAUACUGUAUUACAGAUCGCACUACAUUUAAGGUGAUAUUUUAGUCCUUUAAUUGGCAUUAUCUCUAAUUGAUUGUUUCAGCUGAGCUCUCUGUGAAUCUUGGCAUUGCUCAUGCACUGAUGAUACAGUCCACUCGGCAAACAGAAGGAAUUGCUGAUCUGACAGGCACAGAACCAUUCAUCAAUUAGACAGGCCAUUGUGUUUCUCUUGGCCAAUCGGAGUGACCGAUUUGCUAUAUCUUUCCUCCCCCUUCUAGAAAACAAUCAUGGUGUCUGCUUCCGGCACAAACCAUUUAUUAGAAGGGGGGGGGGGGGUGACAGUAAAAGCCUUGUGGAAUGUAUUUGAAAUAGUUACUAAAACUAAAUAUGUACAGCAAUUGCUGUUUUUCUAACUUUAGUAAAUUGAUCAUAUUAACCCUGAUGAGGGAGGGUUUGGGUCUGUUUUAAUCUCAGUACCGCCACCCCUAAACUGCUGGUUGUUUCACAGAUCUGGAGGAAGAGGGCGCUGUUCCUGAAAUCCCGCUGCAGGGUACUGUAUGAUAGAGAAACAGCCUCAGAGCAAAGAUUCAAUUUUCUUCAGGGAUGGAGUCCGGAGGAUUGACUUUGUCCUCUCGUAUGUUGACGACCCCACGAAGGACGGAGAGAAGAAAGCAGAAAGGAGAAAGGAAUUUGAAAUUAAUUUGCAGAAGGCCGGUCUGGAACUGGAGACAGAGGGUAAAAGUGAGUCGGACGACGGGAAGACCUACUUCCUGAAGAUCCACUCUCCGUGGGAUGUGCUGGCCACAUACGCGGAGGUCCUGAAGAUCAAAGUGCCCUUCAAAGAGAGUGACAUCCCCAGCGACAACGAGUCGCCCCUGAGCUGGCUGUUCAAGCCUUUCAAACUCCCAGACGAGGUGAUGUACCCCGAGCCAGACUACUUCACCUCGCCCUUCGAGAAGAACAAGUCGGGCUUCUUCCUGAUCGAGGACAAGGACGCCAUCUUCCCCCCCUCCACCCGCAACAGGAUUGUGUACUACAUUCUGUCACGGUGCCCCUACGCGACAGAGGAGGGAAAGAGAAAGCUGGGAAUCAAGCGGCUUCUGAACAACGGAUCCUACACGGCAGCCUUCCCGCUUCACGAUUGCCGGUACUGGAAGAAAGCAAGGGACCAGAACUGUGAGAAUGAGAGGUUCACCCUGUACAGGUCAUGGGCCAGGUUCAUGUCCUUUUACAAGGAGCAGCCCCUGAAUCUCAUCAGGAAGUACUAUGGAGAGAAGAUUGGGAUCUACUUUGCCUGGCUGGGUUUCUACACAGAAAUGCUUUUCUAUGCGGCGGUCAUUGGUUUAAUCUGUUUCUGCUAUGGUGCUUCCACCUACAGUGAUAAUGUCUGGAGCCAGGAAAUCUGCAGUGUGGAUAUUGGAGGCGAGAUUGUUAUGUGCCCUCUGUGUGACCGGAAGUGUGGUUAUUGGAAACUGAACACAACCUGCGAAUCCUCCUUUCAAUCGCAUCUGUUUGACAACGUUGGCACGUUAUUCUUUGCCAUUUUCAUGGGUAUAUGGGUGACCAUGUUCCUGGAGUUCUGGAAGCGCCGGCAGGCCCGGCUGGAGUACGAGUGGGACCUGGUGGACUUCGAGGAGGAGCAGCAGCAGCUCCAGCUCCGGCCCGAGUACGAGACCAAGUGCACCAGGCGCAGGAUGAACCCGGUCACCCAGGAGGAGGAGAAUGUUCUGAAUAGAGGCAGACUUGAUAUCUGUGGGAAAAUGGUGAUCUGUUGGGCCACAGUGAUCCUUUGGAUCGCCCUCAUCAUCGCCUGCAUCAUCGCCGUCAUUGCGUACCGCCUCGCUGUUUACGCCGCCUUCGCCAGCAUCAUGAAGGAGAACCAGACCCAGGACCUGCAGCUGGUGGGCUCCCUGAUCACCCCGCAGCUCGCCACUUCUGUCACAGCCUCCUGCCUCAACUUUGUGGUGAUCAUGAUCCUGAAUAUCCUGUACGAGCGAGUGGCAAUCUGGAUCACUGAUUUGGAAAUCCCCAAGACUCACCUGGAGUAUGAGAACCGGCUGACCAUGAAGAUGUUCCUCUUCCAGUUCGUCAACUACUACUCCUCCUGCUUCUACGUGGCCUUCUUCAAGGGCAAGUUCGUGGGCUACCCCGGCAACUACACCUACAUGUUUGGAGUGCUGAGAAACGAGGAGUGUGACCCUGGCGGCUGUCUCAUUGAACUUACAACACAGCUUCUCAUUGUCAUGGCCGGCAAGCAAAUCUGGGGCAACAUUCAGGAAGCCCUUGUGCCGUGGUUGAAGAACUGGUGGGGAAGCCGCAAGGCGCGUAAUCACCCGGAGGGCCUGUACACCCGCUGGGAGCAGGACCACGACCUGCAGUGCCUCGGACAGCUGGGGCUGUUCUACGAGUACCUGGAGAUGGUGAUCCAGUUUGGGUUUGUCACCCUGUUCGUGGCCUCCUUCCCCCUGGCUCCUCUCCUUGCUCUCUGCAACAACAUCUUGGAGGUGCGCGUGGACGCCUGGAAGUUCACCACCCAGUUCCGCAGGCCCGUGGCGGCCAAGGCCCACAGCAUCGGAGCGUGGCAGGAGAUCCUCAACGCAGUGGCUAUCAUGUCUGUGGUCACCAACGCCUUCAUCGUGGCGUUCACCUCGGACAUGAUCCCCCGGCUGGUGUAUUACUAUGUCUACCGCCCUGGCACGAUUAACUCCAUGGAGGGGUACAUCAGUAACAGCCUGUCUAUCUUCAACAUCUCCCAGUUUAAGCCCCACAACAUGCCGGACGACGGAGAGAGCCCCAGCUGGUUCAACAGCUCCAUCAUCACUACCUGCAGAUACAGAGAUUACCGCUAUCCUCCAGGGCACGAGAAGGAGUACCAGCAAAACAUGCAGUUCUGGCACGUCCUGGCGGCUAAAAUGGCCUUCAUUAUCAUCAUGGAGCACGUGGUGUUCAUGGUGAAGUUCUUUGUGGCCUGGAUGAUCCCGGACGUCCCGAACGAUGUGAAGGCACGGGUGAAGAGGGAGAAGUACCUCACCCAGGAGUACCUGCACAACUAUGAGAUCGAGAUGCUGAAGAAGCAGCUGGGAGAGAAGCCCCCUUCCUCCAUGGACCAUCACGAGGUGCUGUCCGAGGUCAUAUAGCCCCCCCCAGAGCAAUUCCAGGACAGUCAGAGAGGGGAAUGCUUUUACCAGUGCACAAGCAAACCCCCCUCCACCGUAGCAGUGUGACUAUACUGAAAGUCCCGUUCCACCUGUGCUGGGUGACUUUUUAUUAUUUUAUUUUUUUUCCCCGAUGAGCAGCACUCCUUCUCAUAGUCCUGGCUGUCUCUCUGCAGCGACAGCUUUAACAGGAACUAGAACAUUCAGUCUGCUUUGCGAAGAGAAAGACCUGAAGUGCUUCUGCUGGCGUUUUCACAAGGCUGCUUAAUGACCCUCAGCUCAGCCUAGGAAUCCUCUGCCAUGUGUCUGCACAGAGACACACACCCAGACAGUCUGCCAGAGUUGUCUUAGAAGUCAUAUCUAAAGAUGGAAUGUAGCCAGUGCUGUGAGCAAAUGCAGGGAGUACUGCAGUGUUGCUUUUGUAACUGAGUGACCAAAAGAUCUCUAGCUGUUCAAACUCUGUAUAAGGGAAUGUACCGAACU